AUGUGGAGCAACUUUGAAACUAUUGAAGUCCAUUACAACUGUGGCUGCUUCCCCUGGCCGAAAUUCUACAUCAAGAAUUCAAAUGCAUCCAUGAUGAAGUCUGUUCGUGAUGAAGCUAAUCGGGACGAUACUGAUCGGGAUGAAGUUAAUCGAAAUGAUGUCACUGAUGGACUUACAUACAAGGAUGCUGGAGUUGACAUUGAUGUAGGGGCAGAGCUAGUGAGACGGGUUAAAAAGAUAGCUCCUGGAAUCGGAGGAUUUGGAGGGCUAAUUCUGAAUCCUGGUGGUGAUUCAUAUCUUGUAGUUACUACAGACGGUGUAGGAACUAAGCUUAAGUUGGCAGUUGAAACUGGAAUUCAUGAUACCGUUGCCAUGUGUGUUAAUGACAUCGUCACGUCUGGAGCAAAGCAUUCACUUUUCCUUGAUUACUUUGCUACCAGCCAUCUUGAUGGUGAUCUUGCUGAGAAAGUUAUAAAAGGUAUCGUUGAUGGUUGCCAACAAUCUGACUGUGUUCUCUUAGGAGGAGAGACUGCUGAGAUGCCAGGCUUUUACGCUUGUCGGGAGUACGAUGUUUGUGGUUUUGCAGUCGACACUGUUGAAAAAGAUUCAGUAAUUGAUGGGAAAAAUAUUGUGGUUAGAAUAUCCUCAUUGGUCUUCCUUCGAGUGGAAACGGAUUUUCUCUUGUUAGAAGCCUCGAAUUCGAUGUCUAAGGUGCUUGACUUGGUAAGAAAGGGAGUAGUAAAGGGUAUAGCUCAUAUCACUGGGGGUGGUUUCAUGGAAAAUAUCCCGAGAAUUUUCCCUGAAGGCCUUGGAGCUGUCAUUCACAAGGACUCCUGGGUAGUUCCUCCUGUUUUCAAUUGGAUUCAAGAGACUAAUAACACAAUUUUACCUUUACAUUUUGCUGCUGAAACCUCACAGGCUGGAAGAAUAGAUGACGCUGAGAUGAGACGAACUUUCAACAUGGGAAUCAGGAUGGUUCUAGUAGUUUAUAAGGAGGCUGCAGAUAGAAUACUUGGGGAUGGAUAG